AUGAUUUCUGAAAAAUCAGGACUUGUAGUGCCUGUUGUUUUAUGGGGGCCUAAGCCUCCUCGAAGCAGAAUUAAACAAAUUUCAUCAAUACGAAAUGGCAAAAUAAUUUUAACUGGAAGCGAAGAUGGAAUUGUAAUGCAAUGGAUGGUAGACGAAUCACUUGGAUGGAUCCAACCACAAAUGGCUAUGUUGGCCCACAAAACUUGCAUAAGCUGUAUAUCUCCUAAUUCAACUUCUGUUUCUGCAUCUAAGUUCAUCUCGUGUUCAGAAGAUAGUAUGAGAAUAAUAGAUAGUAUGAGAACGAAUUAUGUUCUUAGGAAAAUGAAGCCCUACGCUUGCAAAAAUCUCCAUGAGAUUCUCUUUUGCGUUGGCGACUAUACCGAUGUUGUUGCAAUUCAUCCACACGAUUUGAAUGUCCUCUAUACUCUUAAUUCACGUGCUGAACCAGAUUGGAUGAAUUCUAUUACUUUGGUCAAACCAAACGACAAGAUUGGUAAUUCUUCAAGUUUUGACUUUUAA